AAGUGGACAUUUCGGAUGAAUGGGUAUUGCAGGCAUUUAGGGGACUUUUAUUUUGACACCUUCGCUGCUGUUUCUUUGAAAACCGGAAGUUGUUGUCUUAUAUUGCCGUCUUCACCCUCCACGUGUGUCUCUUCGGCGCGAGUCUUUAAGUGUUGACUCGUGGGGCGUCGUUCAUUCUGUGAAAACCAAUUGUGUAAUAAAGUAUCUCGUAGGUAAAAGAAUAAAAAGGAAGCCACCAUUUCCAGUUGUACAACAUGGAGGAGGUGUGCCCGGCUGUUCAAGAACCUCUGGAUGUGGGAUGCAAAUGUGAGGAGGGACUCUCCGAACAGAUGUGUGCGGAAGAGAAGAGUCCUGCACUUUCCAAGGGGCUCCCUUUAAAGUGUAACAUUGAGAAAAGAAGCGUGGAUAUUAAGAAAGAGGACAGUGUAUGGGAAUCUACAUACCUUCACCAAGAGAGUAUCAGCGUUAAGACAGGGGACUGUGAAUCUGAGUCAACUCUGAACAUCAACAUGCCGAAAAAUGAACUGGUUAACAUUGUCAAAGAAGAGGAAGAUGGUGACAUUAAAUCAGAAACUGACACACUGCACAUUUGUCCAGAUGACGAAGCUGUUGGUCUAGGCUUCAUGCUUAGUAGUCCGUACUCCCUGCAGGAUCCUUCUGUUCACAUAAAGUGUGAAUCUCAGGAAUAUGACAUGAAGACGUCUGCAAAAGCAUCUGGUUCAAGACAUUCAGAACAAGAUGUACAAGCUGGUGGCAGCUUUACCUUACCUUCAUUGACCCAGACUUCCCUUCAGCACCAAUCACGGCAGAUGCUUCAUAAUGAAAAUAUGGAGAAAUCAACGUUGGGAUCAGAGAUACCAGCCUCUGUUCAGGAAAGGUCUGUUGUAAAACAAACAAGUAUAGAUAUAAUCAACACUGAACUUCAGGUAAUAAAUUCUGCAAAUGUGUUUGUCUGCCAAAAGUGGAGCAAAGAUUUUAGACACAAAGCUAAAUACAAAGAUGGUAAAUUGAGCCAUUUGAGACAGAAAGUGUAUUGUUGUUCUGAAUGUGGCAAACGAUUUUCCUCCAGUGGCCAUCUUCACACCCACACAAGAGUUCACACCGGCGAGAAGCCAUAUUGUUGUUCGGAAUGUGGGAAGCGGUUUUCUGACAAUGGUCAAUUUCAGAGACAUGCAAGAGUUCACACUGGAGAGAGGCCAUACAGCUGUCCCGAGUGUGGCAAACGAUUCAAGUACAGUCGCAGUCUUCGGAUCCACACAAGACUUCACACUGGAGAGAAGCCAUACUGCUGUUCAGAAUGUGGGAAACGGUUCCCACAGUUAAGUAACCUUCAGUGCCACAUAAGAGUUCACACAGGAGAGAAACCCUAUUGUUGUUCUGGAUGUGGUGCACGAUUCUCCACCAGUGGGCACCUUCAAAUCCAUAAAAGAAUACAUACAGGAGAAAAGCCCUAUUGCUGUUCUGAAUGUGGUAAGCGAUUCUCUGACAACAGGCAAUUUCAGAGACACACCAGAGUUCACACUGGAGAGAGGCCAUACUGUUGUCCUGAAUGCGGGAAACAAUUCAAAUACAGUAGCAGUCUCCAUAAACACAAAAGACUUCACACUGGAGAGAAGCCAUACUGCUGUCCUGAGUGUGGCAGACAGUUCUCACAGUUGAGCAAUCUUCAGAGCCACACCAGAAUUCACACGGGAGAGAAGCCAUACUGCUGUUCUGACUGUGGCAGAGGAUUUGCAUCCAGCGGGCAUCUACAGAGUCAUGUUCGAACUCACACUGGAGAGAGGUCUUAUUGCUGUUCUGAGUGUGGCAAACAAUUCUAUGAUGAAAGUGGUCUUCGGAGACACGCAAGAAUUCACACCGGCAAAAAGUCUUUCUGCUGCUCCGAAUGUGGCAAGGGAUUCUUGCGCCGGAGCAAUCUUCAGAGACACACACAAAUUCAUACAGGAGAGAAGCCGUACUGCUGUUCAGAAUGUGGCAAAGGGUUUUCCACCAGUGGGCAUCUUCGGAACCACACAAGGACUCACACGGGAGAGAAGCCGUAUUCUUGUUCUGAGUGUGGCAAGGGAUUCUCUGACAGACGAUGUCUUCAGAUCCACUCAAAAAUUCACAUUGGAGAAGAGCAAAACUUACAGUUCCGGAAGGACAUCUUUUCUGUUGCGGUUCUUGCAGGCUUCACACUGCCCGCGCGAGCCUUGAAGUGGAGACUCGAAUGUUGCUUAGCCUGUGAGGCCCGGCUAGACAUUACACAAAAUAAAAAAGAUAAAAAAAGAAGCUGCCAUUACCAGCUGUACACCAUGGAGGAAGUUUACCCAGCUGUCCAGGAACCUCUAGAUGUGGGAUAUAAAUGUGAGGAAGGAGCCAAAGAAGAGACGUGUGAUAAAGAGGGAGAGAAGAAUGUAACACGGCACAGGGGUUCACUUUCCAUGAACAGUGCAGAUAAAAGAAACAAGGCUAUUAAAAAAGAGGACUGUGAGUGGGACUCUGCACACCUUCAACAGGAGUGUGGCAGCAUUAAAGUGGAGGAUUGUGAUAAGGAGGCACUUGAGUUCAAAAAAGACUCCACGCUAACUUCUCACAACACCAACAUGCAGAAAAAUGAAACUGCAAAGGGCAUAAAGGAAGAAGACGACCUUAAACCAGAGUCUGACUUUCAGGCUUUUUCUCCUACUAAAGAGGAUCCUGGAUUAGAGUCCACGGCCUAUGCUGUCCAUAGGAAGUCAAUGAAAAAAUCCAUGGAAAUAUCAACAAGUCUUUCUGGAGAAGGUUUACAAGACACUGGCAGCUUCUCCUUAUCUCAAGCCUCUCUUAAGUGUAAAUCACAAGAGACGUUGCAUGAUGAAGACAUGAGGAAAUCGACAUCUGGAUCAGAAAGCUUGGUGCCAGCCUCUCUGCAGGAUAGUUCUCUACAUGACAGGAAACUAACCAAGACUGAAGUAGAGACACGCAAGAAGAAUUCAGCAAACUUAUUUUUCUGCCAAGAAAGGAAGGCACAUGUUAAACAAAAAGCAAAAUAUGAUAGUAAAUGGAGUCCUACAACUCCAAAGACAUAUUGUUGUACCGAAUGUGGCAAAGGAUUCUCCUCCUAUGGCCAUCUUCGGACCCACACAAGAGUUCACACCGGAGAGAAACCAUAUUGCUGUUCUGAAUGUGGAAAACGGUUUGCACAAUCUGGCAACUUCAAUAAGCACAUCAGGAUUCACACAGGAGAGAAGCCAUAUAGCUGCUUUGAAUGUGAGAAACGAUUUACGGAUGUAAGCACUCUUAUGAAUCACACAAGAAUUCACACGAGAGAGAAGCCUUUUUGCUGUGCGGAAUGUGGCAAACAAUUCUCACAAUUAAGCCAUCUUCAGACCCACACAAGAAUUCACACGGGAGAGAAGCCAUUUUGCUGUUCGGAAUGUGGCAAACAAUUCCUGCAGAUAGCCAAUCUACGGACCCAUUUACGAAUUCACACGGGUGAGAAGCCAUUUUGCUGUUCGGAAUGUGGCAGAGGAUUCUCUAACAAACACAGCCUUCGGUUACACACAAGAGUUCACACUGGAGAAAACCCAAAAUGCAGUGUGGCAAAUGAUUCUCCUAAGUAAGCCACUUUUAUAUCCACACGGGCAUUCACACUGGACAGAAAUAUUAUUUGUAGAUGACUCUGAGCCAUAUGAGACUAUACAGCUCCAACAACUGGCAUCUGCAAGAGCAAUUACUCUUGCUGGAACAAUUUUUAAAUGACAAGUGUGCCAAAGCAACUUUUAUCAACAGAAAAAUAACAUCCACAUAAAACACAGAAUGUAUCAUCAGAGAUUUUAAUCCACAAAAAAACUAUAAAUACUUGAGGAUAAAUGAAUGUGGCCACAAGACCACAGAUAGAAUGGUAAACAAGCCAACCUCCUCUUUUAAUUCCACAUGGAUCAACAACUAACUCACAGAUAGUUCAACAGAGGUGACCUAAGAUUGAGAGACGACAACCUAAGCAUAGCUACACAAGGUGCUGAAAGGCAAUCAUACAAGAAAAGGGAGGACAGAGAAAUGUUAAUCCUGCCAGACAGAGCUAGACCAACUUCAGCAUUGUGAGGUGUGAAAUUUUGUUGACAGACAGAUUCCUACACUGGUAAAUAUACAAUAAAUACGCUUGGGGCCUUAUGUAUAAUGCCGUGCGUUGAAUUCACACUAUAA